GCGGAUACAAAAACACAAACAUAAAGUAAACACACGUGCGUUCCACCGCUCCACAGUUAAAACGUCCGUGUAAAUAUUACGGUUAUUGGUGCCUCGCUGAUUAUUCCAAGUUUGAAUCCUCAAAAAAUUAACGGCUCGUCAAGAUGGUAUUUUUCAUCUGCAAUCACUGUGGAGAGUCGAUGAAGAAGCAAGUGGUCGAAAAGCACGGCUGGAAAUGCAAACGAGAACUCAACGUGUCCUGCAUGGACUGCCAGAAGGAUUUCACCGGUAAUGCUUACGACGCUCACACAAGUUGUAUUACGGAAGCUGAAAAGUACUCCGGCAAAGACUACGUUCCGAAGGCAAAUGCUAACAAGGGUGCUAAGAAACAGGAAGCCUGGAUCGACACCGUUCGUGCAAUUACUGAUAGUAAGAAAAAUUUGCCAAGAGGCAUAAGCGAAGUUUUCAGUGUGAUCCACAAGAAUGAUAAUAUACCCAGGAAGCAGAAGGGUUUCAUGAAUUUCUUCCAGAACUCAGCAAAACAUAUUAAAAGGCAUGAUGUGGAAGCUGCCUGGGCUCUUCUCGAGGAGGAAGUAAAGAAUACUUCAACUUUAAAUCAACAGAAGCAAUCAAAUGGUUCGGUGAAUAAUGGGAAUUCAGGCAAUACGAAUGAGUCCACCACUGGUACGGAGCAUAAUUUCAAGAAACGAAAACUUGAGGAAAACAAGGAAGCAAGCCCUCAGAAUGAAGCGCCAAGCAAAAAACAAAAGAAGCAGAAGAACGGUGUGUCGGAAGAACAUGAGCAGUUGGUGAACGAAGACCAUGCAGCAGAAAAUGACUCAGAGGAGACACAAUUGAAAAAUGGUAAAUUCAAAUGGAAUGACGUGAUUCGAGACACACUCAUUGCAAAGAACAACGAAAUGUCAUUUAACAAACUGAAGAAAAAAGUAUUGAAGAAAUAUCGAAAGUUCAUCGGCGGGAGUGAUGAAACAUGUGAGAAAAUCGAGCGUAAGUUUAGUAAGAAAAUUACUAAGCUAGGACUGCAGAUGGACAACGAGACUGUUCGGUUGAUUGAAUAGUCUUUAUGUGUAUAGGAUAAAAUAUAUUGAACUGAAAAACCGAAUAGAUGUAGUUUGAAUUGGAUUUAGAACGAAGAUUUUGUACGCAAUUUUGCGAAUUUCAUCGUAGUUCUCCUUUACGAUAUCUCUUAGUUAUAAAUUCCAGCAAACAUGAGGCUGUUGAAUACAUCAGUUUUAAAUUCAUAUACAUUUUUGAUUAUCUUUAGUCGUUUCCUACUAGAACUAAGCUCCAAGUAUCGUACAAAUAAACAGUCGUAAUGGAGAUGAGAUACAGAAAGUGAUGGGUUGCGGUGAUAGAAAAGUAUAGAUCAAAUGGUGAUUCCUUGUGCUGGGCUGUUUAAAUGUAGAACGGAUUGGAUUGAAACGUCAAUCUACGUCUACCUUUGCUACAAAUGAAUUUCAAUGAUUUGCACUCCAUUCGAAUGGGAAAUUCUCUAAGAUUGAAACGCUAACAUAUAGCGAAUUCGUUUUUGUUCAGUUUCAACCCCAGUGCCGCACUAACUGCUGUCAAAACGUUUUUUUAUUCACUCAGUUUCGCACUAGUUCGCCCCGAAAGCUGUUAGUUUCGCACUGAGAAGUUUCACGGGUUGGCACUCGGGUUCACCAAUACAACUAUACUGAACAGUCAAGUUCCGAGUAUUGUUUUGGAAAAUCUAAAAAUAGAGACUAUGAAAAUGGAAAACCUGCUGCUCUUGCUUUUGUAUUAUUUGAAUCGUAAUCCAAUUCGGAUUCUGAUUUUGAAGAGUAUAUUCGUGUAGACGGCAUUAAGCUCCGUGUGCUUUCAUUGGGAGGCGAAAAUUAUUAUGGAUAUUCAGGAGGAAUAAACAUGCUCUCAAAAUCAAAAUUAGGAAUGAAAAUUUACUUUAACGUAUCGAAUAUUUAUUUUAUGUGAUGAAAUAAGAGGGUUUUUUCCGAUAUCGCAGAAACAUUGAACGAAAACUGUGUCUAAUGAUGAUUUUAUAUUAUAAUAGUAAUUAUUUGUGGAACAAACAGGAAAUGCAUCGACAAAUGGUUAAGUGAGUGUCAGGACUACAUGUGUUAGGUAAUCAAACAAUAUGAAGUAAAAAUUUUCAUUCAAACUUUUAUAUUUUUACACUGCACUUGGCCCUUCUGAUCUUAUAGAGAAUACUUUACCUCCCAAGCACUAAUAUAUCCACC